CAAACAGGAAAAGCAGCUAGCCCUGCGUUCGAGAAGCUAGCUAAGAUGUCAAUGAAGCCGGCGUCGUGUCAGUUGUCUGGAGUGUGCGGCCGUGCAAGGCUCUUGUCCUCCGUGUUGCUGGUCUUUGCAUUGCUCAAGACUGCUUUAUCCGAUGACGUCAUCACCCUGAAUUCUGGAAACUUCGACGAGACGGUGGAGACUCAUGGAGUGUUACUGGUGGAGUUCUAUGCUCCAUGGUGUGGUCACUGCCAGCAGCUAGCUCCAGCAUACUCACAAGCAGCUGCCACCCUCAAGGAGGACGGUGUGACUCUGGCAAAGGUCGACGCCACUCAGGAAGAACAGCUCUCUGACAGGUUCUCAGUACAUGGCUACCCCAACACUCAAGAUAUUCCGUGAUGGAGGAACCUUUGACUACCAGGGACCCCGCACUGCUGCAGGUAUCGUGGAGUACAUGAGGGGCGUGGCCAGCUGGAGAUGCUGUUUAUUGUUGCUGAUGAUUGUACACUGGCCCCACCCAUUUGUAGAUGUCAAAGUCUGUUUUGCUCAUUUGGGUUUCAGGUGUGGUCACUGCCAGCAGCUAGCUCCAGCAUACUCACAAGCAGCUGCCACCCUCAAGGAGGACGGUGUGACUCUGGCAAAGGUCGACGCCACUCAGGAAGAACAGCUCUCUGACAGGUUCUCAGUACAUGGCUACCCCAACACUCAAGAUAUUCCGUGAUGGAGGAACCUUUGACUACCAGGGACCCCGCACUGCUGCAGGUAUCGUGGAGUACAUGAGGGGCGUGGCCAGCCCUAAUUGGACACCUCCCAAGGACCCUGUGCUGGUGCUAACGGGACAGAAUUUCAGCAGUGUUGUCAUGGAGACAGGGUUGGUUCUGGUGGAGUUCUAUGCUCCGUGGUGUGGCCACUGCAAGAGACUGGCUCCAGAGUACCAGAGAGCUGCGGGCAGACUGAGAGAGAUUAGGGCCCCUUGCUCCCUGGCAAAGAUUGAUGCUACAGUGGAGACUGACCUGGCGACAUUGUACGGGGUUAAGGGCUACCCCACCCUCCUCCUGUUUAGACAUGGGGACCACAAGGAGUACAGCGGAGGACGCGAUGCAAAUGCCAUUGUACAGUUCAUGGUGGAGCAGGCUCAGCCUGGGUCUCGGGAACUCUCCUCUUACAAAGAACUGAAUUUGAUGAGAAAAGAAGUCAUCGAUCCUCUGAUUGUGACGUUUGUCUCGAGUGAGGAUGCCCCUGCCCUCAGAGCUCAUUUAGCAGCUGCAGACGAAGGGAGAGGACAUCUGGUGCUGUUUGCUCACAGCCUCAGCUUAGAACUGGCGGGAAAACUGAGACUGGGGGACGGGGACACUGCUAUCUUCAUACCCAAGUGGUUCCGCUCCAAGUAUGACCCUGAGAUGAAGGUGUACCAUAUCCAGGAGAGGGAGGAAGAGGAGGGAGGAGUGCUGGAGGAGCUGCUGGUGGCUGCCCGACCCCUGGUGGGUCUGAGAGUCAAGAGGAACGAGGGAUGGUUCAGCUCACGACCUCUGCUGGUUCUCUACUGUGAUGUUGAAGAAAUGGACUAUGUGCGAGAAAUGGUGGCAGAUAUCGCCCGUGACUACUCCUCACAACUGACUGUAGUUCUGUCUAAUAGGGAUGAGUAUCAGGAGGAGCUGGAGGAUCUUGGGCUGGGUGACUGGAGCGAGGAUGUCAGUGUGGGGAUGUGGGGAGAGGGAAGGGAAAGGUAUGCUCUGACCACACCCACCAGCCACACCUCCAUCCGAGAGUUCAUAGAGAGCUACCUGGCAGGAGAGCUGGUGAGAGUGCUGAAAUCUCAGCCACUGCCCAUGAAAGCCUAGGACGGAUCUGUUACUGUUGUGGUGGGCUCCACCUUCCAGAGCCUUGUGAUGGACCCAGCCCGCGAUGUCCUGGUGGAGUUCUAUGCUCCUUGGUGUGGCCACUGCAAGGCACUGGAGCCUGUCUACCAGCAAUUGGCUAGCAAGUACAAGAAUGAUGAUAGUUUGCUUGUUGCAAAGUUUGAUGCUACAGCAAACGAUGCUCCCACGGAGUUUGAGUUUGGAGGUUUCCCAGCUCUGUUCUUUGUGCCUGCUGGUCUGGACGUCCAGCCUCUCCUCUACUCACAGCAGGAGAGAGAGUUGGAGGAUCUGGUGGCGUUUGUCGAGACACACAGAACUGAAGCUAGCCCGCUAGAGCAGAGAGACGAGCUGUAAUUGAAUUCCCUCGUGGUUUUUGUUUGUAAAUUGACAUUCUUCGAGCAGCCCCGCCCAUACACCAGUGUUGCAUAUCCACAGCGGAGCAAGCCAAGCGUGUCGGUAGUUGAGGAAGUAUCUGGCGUAUCACAGGCUCUCUGUCCCGGCCAGCGUCGUCAUGAGCAGAGGAGAAGUAGUGAAGGCUGGUUACCUGACGAAGAGCCCUCCGGACGGUCGCCUCGGGCAGUGGCAGAAGCGAUGGUUCGUCUUUGCGGACUCACACCGCGCCUACCCUCUCGCCCCGCGGUACGUUAGGAUGGAGUACUACCACAGCGCCGAGGACGCAGAGAUGUGUAGGAACCCGAAAGGUAUAAUUGACUUGAAGACUUGUUCUAAAGUUACCAACCGAGAGAACAUGCGAGGCUUCAAGAAUGUUUUUGAUGUCUGUACGUCAGACAGAAACUAUCACCUGGUGGCAGAGAAUGAUGUGGACAAGAGGACGUGGAUAGAGACACUCAAUACCACUCUCUUCACCUCCGCUUCCUCCUCCCCCGUCCCUGUUCCCGACACAUCCCAGCAGCGGAGCAGGCCAGUUGGAUUCUCGCAAUCACCCAGCCCCGUUAAUGGAGCUACAUCAUCACAAGACAAGGAUAGGUAAGGAGACAGUACAUGAAUUAAUAUUUCUUUUUGUCUUCUUACUCCUCCAUGUGGUAGCGUGGCCGAGUGGUCUAAGGCGCUGGUUUUAGGCACCAGUCAUUUCGAUGGCGUGGGUUCGAAUCCCACCGCUGCCAAUUGUUUUCUUGUUUGUUGUUAUGAUUUGGGUCUCUUUUAGGCGAAUCAACUCACCGGCAGAGCCACCAGUUUUCAGACAGAGCUCAAGACCUCUUCCCCCAGUUCCUGGCAACACUGCAGUGAAUAGACCGCUCCCACCCACACCAACUGACCAUGCACGCACACCUACCCAGAAUUUGCCAUCACAAAUCUCACGACCUCCUCUACCAACCCACUACAAACGACUCUCUGCCUCCUCUGAUGGUGGUUCAAACAAACACCAGCUGGUUCGUCAGGUCAAGUCUACCGAAGUUUUACAAGACGGGCCUAAUCGAUACCAACUCUCUGUUGCACCUGACUACCAAAAUUUGGACGAAGGAAGCAGUAAUCAGCACAUCGUACCCAGUCAACCGGCAGACCCUCGGGAAUAUGUAAACUUGGACCAAGACUAUGACGAUACAGUAACAGAGAGUUGUGUGUAUGAGGACUACGUCCCCAGACCAGCAGGAGCGCCCCCUGCUCCCAUCAGUAAACCCAGAGGUACUACUAGUCAUGGCUAUGUGAAUGUAGAGAGUUCUGCUCCAGACCCCGAUGCUGAAAACUACAGUGUGUUAGAAGCAGAACCCAAAGAGCUCUCUGGUGAUUACAGUGUCCUGGAGGCAGUCCAUCCUCAGCCCACAGGGAGAGGUGAGGAAUACUCGCGACUGGAGCUAACUGGCCACCUGGAUCUGCCGGGCCCUCCAAAGGUUCCUCCAAAGAAACCUCCUCCGUAUGGCAGGCAGAAUAAAGAUAUUGAUUACGAGAACCUUGGUCACGUAGCUCACCCUGGCACUGGUGAAUACAGCAGCCUUCAAUAUUAGAACUCUCCUUGUUCUCUAUUUUAACGCAUGCGCACUCUCAAUAAUUUUCAGCACACCUAGCAACCAACGUGCGUUACCAUGGAGAUUCGUCUACGUAACCAAGAGUUUCGUCAACAAACCGCUUUCACGUGAUCUGUCGCGUGCUCGAUUUGUCACCGAUUCUCUCUCUCUCCUGCUAUACUGUGGUGGACGAGCUUUUCCCGCCACUUCUGGAAAGCCUGAGGCCUGCCUUCAAGUGCAGCAGUUGGAAUUGUUGGGAAGAGACAAUGUUGGCGACAAUGCUAGCCCAAGGCGAGGUGGGAGAGCUGCCUGAGCCCGCGGGCAAGGACGAGGAAGUCAUCACCGUGGACGGAGAGCUGACUUCUCUCUCCUGGCUCCAGAAGCCUGGCGUCCUCACCUCCAUGUGCACGGCUCUCACAGGCUCCCCGCAUGGCGUCAAUAAAAUUGCUGGUGGUCCCGGAAGAGCGCAGAGACGGCCGCGGCGAGCCGGAGGAGGCAAGGAGAGACCGGGAAAGGCUAAGCUGGACUCGGAGCGAAUGUUCAGUGUCAUCCUCAACGUCCGGAACAAGAAAUACGACGGGGAAGACGCGCAAAAGCCUCCUCUGUCGUUCGCCUGUAUGAUAUUCAUGUCUCUGGAGAGCUCUCCGACCAAGACCCUGCCAGUGAAGGAGAUAUACGACUGGAUACAGUGGAAGUUCCCGUUCUAUCGCACAGCCCCCACUGGAUGGAAGAACUCUGUGAGACACAACCUCUCCCUCAACAAGUGCUUCAAGAAAGUGACGCGAGGCAUGGGCAAGAGCAAGUGCAGCAGCUUCAGCAAAGGAGGGCUCUGGACAGUGGAUGCUGACUACAGGCGCAGCCUCCUCACUGCACUCAAACGCUCACCCUACCAUCCCUACCACAGCUAUUUCACUCCUCCUCUGUCACCCAGUUCAAGCUGCAGCAGUCUGGAGAACCUUGACCCCGCUGAGAGAGAUGCGGCCCUCACCAUGUGUAUGAUAGGUGGAGGCAGGGAGGGGAGUCCAGCAGGUCUGUUGUAUGCAAUGCGCCAUGAUCACAGUUACGCCAGGAGACCUCCCUCUUACUCCCCUCCCUCUUCCAAAGGUCUCAGUCUGGCUGAAGUGGCUGCAGCUGCAGAGAUGAUUCUGGAACAGGACAAGAUGGACUGUGAGAGUGGGGACGGUGGUGAGGAGGGGGAGGAGGAGGAGGAGGGGAGAGAGCAGUCCUUCUGCGACAGUGGUUAUGGCGGGGGAUCUGACGAGUCGACUGAGCAAAAUUUGGAGGAAUUGGGAGCUGAUGCAUUGCUGGCCUUGGCCUGUGGAGCUAGAAGCCCCUGAACGGCUCCAUUUCUCUCCAUCUCCGGAUUCAAUCACCACUGGCUGUGUGUGCCUCUCUGACUGGUGCCCGCGGCUACAAAGUAUUGUUAUUUUCUCCUAUAUAAGUAAUUCACCUCUGUGUUUGUGUGUGACUUCUUUGCGUUGUACAUUUGUAAAGUCUAGUCCUAGCUCUUGUUUCAAUCACAGACUCAAAUCAAUGAUCACUAAUGUGUAUUCACAUUGUUAUACUGUGCCAUGUAUCAUCAUUUCUUCUUG